UGCCGAGGUUCGUAUCCCGUCAGAUGCGUGCUGGCCCGGAAACCAGACUCUGCCGUGGUACGGAAGUACCAUUGUCGACCCUAAAGCUCCUCAAGUAUGGGAUAUUAAAGCAUUCUGUGCUCCGGGAGAACAAUGGACGUCGUUGUUGCUGGGAUGAAGGAACCCUGGCACCUGACCAGGAUGGUGUGGCUAGUGUAAUGCUGACUUAGCGAGGGGUGUGGCUGCUGAUGGCUGGACAGGCAGCCACCGCCUCCAGCUGCUCCUCCACCUUCUUUCGCUUUCAUCAUCGAUCCAUUCUGCACUGCUGUGUGGUGUCGUAACGAAGCUCGUCUAGCAUCUACCGGGGCUUACUUCUACUCUACCGUCGUUCUGUCUGAUCAGGAGCAUCGUGUUUCUAUUCCCCAACUCCCUCUAGUCUUCCGUCGUCCAGAAGUGGCGCAAGAUGAAGCUCACUUUCAAGGAUCUGAAACAGCAGAAGUUCGUAAUUGAAGCCGAACCUUCAGAGACUGUUGGACAGGUGAAAGAGAAGAUCUCGAAAGAAAAGCAAUGGGAUGCUGCUCAGUUAAAGCUGAUAUAUUCUGGCAAAAUAUUACAAGAUGACAAGACUAUCGAGUCAUACGGCAUUGAAGAGAAGGGCUUCAUAGUGUGCAUGGUCUCGAAGCCUAAGGCUGGCUCCUCCUCCGCCACUCCUUCACAAGCCCCAUCCACGCCCUCCAGAGCUGCUGCAUCGACUCCCGCCGCUCCUGCAGCCCCGGCUCAUACUACAAGCGCCGCUGCCCCGGCGGUACCGGCAACACCUUCCCCAGCGGCCCCUGGCGCCACCCCGGCGGCCGAGAGCGGACCUGCCUUUAGCAAUCCUUCGGCGUUGGCUAUGGGCACCGACAAUCCCGUGAUUGCCCAGAUGGAGUCGAUGGGAUUUGCCAGGCCGGAUAUCGAGCGUGCCAUGAGAGCGGCCUUUUUCAACCCUGACCGUGCCAUCGAGUACCUUCUGACUGGAAUCCCCGAGAAUAUUCAGCAGGAGCAACGUGGUGCUCCGGCCGCCGGCACUCCCCCGCCUGCUGCCACCGGUGCUGGAGGGCCCGCUGCCCCCGCUGGUGUUGAUGAGCCCUUCAAUAUGUUUGAGGCUGCUGCUCAAGCCGGUGAUGGUGGAGCUCGAGGUGGAGCUCGUUCUGGCGCAGCGGCCGGUGGCGAGGCACUCUCCAACCUGGACUUCCUGCGUAACAACCCUCAUUUCCAGCAACUCCGCCAGCUGGUGCAACAACAGCCGCAGAUGCUGGAGCCGAUUCUGCAACAAGUUGCUGCCGGUAACCCCCAGAUCGCCCAGAUCAUCGGCCAAAAUCAGGAGCAGUUUUUGCAAUUGCUCAGCGAGGACAUCGAUGACGAUUCCCUGCUCCCGCCUGGUACUCAGGCCAUCAGUGUUACGGAGGAAGAACGGGAUGCGAUUGAACGGCUCUGCCGCCUUGGCUUCCCUCGUGACUCGGUCAUUCAGGCCUACUUCGCGUGCGACAAGAACGAGGAGCUUGCAGCCAACUUUCUGUUCGAACAGCCGGAUGAAAAUGACGAACAGUGAUUGGAAAGGAGAUGUCAUUCCACGUUCACAAUCGAUUAUGAUUGGUAGUUCAAUUGGUGGAAACUCAUGAUGUAUUGCUGUGGCACAGCUUUUUUCAAAUUGAUGAAUGAAGAUAUCCUCAUAGUUGCAACCUUUCCCUGCUUGUGCUUUUUUUCUCUCUUCAAAACGAUCUUAUUUCUGUGUAUCGAUUUAUUGCGGUUUGUUCAACUGUUCUAUCUCAUCUAUACACUUAGCAGAGCUUCCAACUCAAUUACAG